AUGAAUCGUAAUACAACUUAGGGAAAAGGCUUUAAAAUAAAACCAUUAGUUUUAUAAGUUAAAGGUAAUUAUUAAUCAAGUCAGAAAAAUUCAUUUACAAGUUUAUCUCCAACAUAAUAAAUUGGAUCUCCAAGAUUUGCUGAUAAUCUAAGGAGACCUCUCAAUCCUAUAUUAAGUCCUAAAAUAAAUAACAAACCAUUUGAUAAUACACAUGGAUUUAGAACUACGAGAUUUCAUUCAGAAUUUAAAAAGCCUCCUUUAAAUAAAUAAACCGAAAAAGUAUCUCUUAAAUUUUCUGUCUUUAAAGAAAUUCAUUUAUAAAAAUAAAAUACUCAUCAUAGUGUUCAUUGUUCCACAUAAGUAAUUUAAAAAGAUAAUAUCAAUUUAUUCGUUUUAUGUGAAGGUCAUGGUAGGUUUGGAAAGGAAUGUUCUUAAUUUGUUAAUCAUAAGAUAAUUGAAAAACUUAAUAAUAAUAAUCUUAUUGAUGUAGUUUUGUAAAAAAAUGUUUAAAUAAAUCUUUUUUUUGAAGAACUCUUUUCAGAUAUUCAUAAAAGUUUAGUAAUUUUACUUAUUAUAUAAUUAGAAAUAAUCUUAAGAAAUAGACUCAUCUUAGAGUGGAUCUUAGGCACUUUGUAUAAUGAUAUCUGAUAUGAAAUUAAUUUGUUCAAACUUAGGAGAAAGCAAAGUUAUGUAUUUCUUUAUAUAAAAAAAUAAUUUCGUAUUUAAAUAACUAAAUACUGUUCAUUCAAUCGAAAAAAUGUCUGAACAAUAAAGAAUACUAAGUCAUGGUGGAGAAAUUGAAUAAGAAUACAUCAACUAUGUAAAAUCAGGCCCUUUAAAGAUAUGGCUUAAAUAAAAUAAAACUUAAGGAAUUCAAUUGACUAGAUGUAUAGGAUAUAAUAACUGGCAUCAUAUAGGUAUUACCUGUCAGCCAGAUACUACAGAAUAACAACUAAAUUAAUAGGGAUAUAUUAUAGUUGGUAAUAGUCAAUUAUUCGAAUUAAUUGAUACUAUUGAUAUUUCAAAAGUCUUAGAAAAACAUAUGGUACCACAAUCUUAAUAGGAGAUCAACUUUAUUUGUGAAUAACUAUUACUUUUAGCUAAAAGUAGAAUAUCUAGUAAUUUACAUAUAGAAUAAAUUCUAAUGAUCAUUUUAUUCAUUGGAAUAUGA